UAUAUCCAGAUCAUCAUGGCUGCCGAAAGCAAUGGAAGCAGUCCCUCAAAAGAAGAAAUGCAGUUUGAUAUUGAGGGACAUGAAUUUAUGAUACCAAAGAAAGAAAUUGGUCCAGGACCAGAAGAAAUACCAAAAUGGGAGAAAUCACAGGCAUAUCAAGAUCUGUUAGGCUUCAUUCUGGCAAUGAACAAUGCAGUAAAGGGAAAAAAGAUGUCGGCAGAAUGUCAGAUGUCACCAUUUCUAACACAUUUGAUGGAACUUCUAGAUACAUUAGAAAGUUGGAUAAGUGAAUUUCCGCCUGUAGAUCAACCACAGAGAUUUGGCAAUAAGUCCUUUAGGGACUGGUUUGAUAAACUACAACAGAAUGCUAAGCAGUUAGUUGAUGGUCUAUUAGAUGAUAAGUACCAGAAGGCAAGUGAGGAAAUUGCAGUAUACCUUGUAGAAGCUGUUGGGAACCAGACAAGGAUAGAUUAUGGCACAGGUCAUGAGAUGGCUUUUGCAGCAUUCCUGUUCUGUUUCUAUAAAAUAGGAGUGUUGAAAGAGUCGGAUGCCGAGGCUGUAGUCCUUAAAGUGUUCAGUAGAUAUCUACUGCUGGUGCGGAGUCUGCAACAGACCUACAGAAUGGAGCCGGCAGGAAGUCAGGGGGUGUGGGCGUUAGAUGAUCAUCAGUUUAUACCUUUUAUAUGGGGGUCUUCUCAACUCAUAGGACAUCCCAGAAUUUUUCCAAAGUCAUCAGUAAAGCCAGAAAUUUAUGAACACUUCUCAAAAGAUUAUAUGUUUUUAAGCUGCAUUAAAUAUAUUAAUCAGGUAAAAACCGGUCCAUUCGCUGAACAUUCUAAUCAAUUAUGGAAUAUAAGUGCAGUACCAAACUGGGAUAAAGUCAACUCAGGGCUUGUAAAAAUGUACAAGGCAGAGGUAAGCAAGUUUGUGAUACAACAUUUCCUAUUUGGAAGCCUUCUCAGUAUAAAACCUUCUACCUGAUUGAGACAGGGUACAGACAUUGAACAGACGUAGACCACUGUGAAGAACUUCAUCUAUCUACACUUUGUACUGUAGGCUCGAAGUAUAAUGAUGACAUGCUCCAUGCAAAUCUGUGUAGGAUUAUCACAUGUAAACAAAGGCUUUUCAUAGGUUCGAGGAAGUGAAGCAAUUUCUACAUAUUAACCAUAAAAUGGAGAAGACAUUGCCUUCCUUAAUUAACAACUUAAUGGUCUUAGACAAUAAUUAAUUAUUGUAAAUACACUUCUCAAAAUGUAAGUUUAAAUCUUGAUAUACUAUAAUUGCAAUUAUUUAUUUUGGUAGCUGUUGUGUAUGUUGUUUUGUGUCCCAGAGUUGUAGUAAAAGGUUAGUCUUUAUUCUCAUAUUCUUCUACAUAUUAUACAUCUGUUGUAUGUGAGAGCAUAAAGUUUUGACAAUGUUAUAAUUUGCUUAUUCUAUUAACCUUUACCCUGCUAAGUUUCUAAAAUGGACUGAUCCAUCAUUCAAUUUGGCUAGUACCAUUUAUUAAUCGAAGGUAUGUUCACUGCAGUUUACUGACUGAAUAGCAAACAGUGCAGACCAUGAUCAGACUGCACAGAUGUGCAGGCUGAUCUUGGUCUGCACAGGUUGCAAAGGCAGAAUUGCUUGCCGUGAGCAGGCUAAAGAUCAAGUGUCACAUUCCUGCAUUUUGCUAUAGAUAGAUAGAUAGAUGGAUAGUUUUAUUUAGCAUCAGAAAUAGCAUACAAAUAUAUAACAUAACAUAGUAUUAAAACGAUAGAAAAUAAAAAUUUGUGCAUAAAAUUUCAAUGUUAAACAUCUAAAUUGAACAAAAUUAAUAAUAUCACACAGUUUAUAUUGAUCACAGAAACUAUACAGAAUUUUAUUGACUCCGAAAGAUUCUCUUAGAUAAUCAUAUUUUUAAAUUUAUGCUAAAAUUACUUGAUUAAAAAAAGUAACAUUUUUUCAAGUAAGUUUCCAUAUUCGUUAUCAUUAUUAGAAUCAUAUCAUAUCUUAAAUAGUCAAAAGUUUUGUUUUGUUUGGACGGUGAGUUCAGUUUUAUGACAUAACUUUUCAUUGGUGAACAAAUUUAGCCCAUUUGCAGCAGCAUGACAAUAUUUGAUGUAAUCUGUUUUCUUGCUGUAGAGCUUGCAUUCCAUGGCAUAUUAGUGUUUAUUGGAAAUAAUCCUUUAGGAGAAAAUUGCUUGGCAAGAUUUCGGAUGUUUGUCUGCAUAAUUGUCAUACACAUUUUGACCAUCGGCAUGCAUGAUAAUGUUCUUACAGCGUGUCUGCUCAUUGAAAUGUAGUUGGAAUAUGAGUAAUACCCAAUGACAUACAUAAUAUUGUAAUGAAUUUACAGUAAACCUGUAUUUUUGAAAUAAGUUCUGCAAAUGAAAAUAUAGAAUAACAUGUUAAUUUUACUCACCUUUUCACAUUUUUAAACCGGUGAUAGCUUCACUAUGGAAAUGUCAACAGCUCAUGUCCUUAUCGACACUUUUUGGUGGUGGCGCUAGGCUUUAGUAGGUGUGUUAUAAAGAUCGGAUUUAAAUUGUAACUUAAAGGAAAUUAGAGAUGGAUGUGAGAAAAUGAAGUAAGCAAGUAGCACUGCUCUCAUCAGAUUAUUACUUUUGACUAUAAUAAUAAUGAUCACUGUGAAUUUAAGAUUUUACACAAUUCAGUUUCGUACAAUUCCUGUAUUAUCAAGUAAUUUUCAACUGCCAAAGUCUUUUUAGUGUAUAAGAAAGUCUGGCAAAGAAGUUUUGCUAGGGCAUUAUGAAAUGUUAAAUUUUGAAAUUAUGAAAGGUUUGAAAUUUCUGUUGGUGAUCUGCAAAAGCUAGAUGGAAAAAGACCAUUUUACUGUCUUAAUUAAAUAUGACAGAAGUACUUAGUUGAGCAGUAAGAAAAAAUCAUUCUUUGAUGUUUUUAGGCAAUUGCAUCUGUUGAUAUUUACAAGGGGAAAGGAUGUAAUGAUACCAUUUGCUAUUUGAAUUUUACUGAAAGCACAGUGUAAGUCACAGGCAGCAGCAAAGAAUCGAGGUCUGAAUGCAAAAGUUCUGUAACUUUAUAUAAAUAAAGAACAAGAUACAAUAAUUUUGCUCUCAGCACUUAAAUUGCAGUUAUUGAGCCCGCUUGUGGUGAGCUUGACUUAGUUGCCACUUUUGCCGGUUCGGUGUAUGUGUGUGCGUCUGUGCAUUCGUCGGAUUUUGUCCAGACCAUAACUUUAACAUGUUUGGACCAAUCUAUAUAUUUGGCAUGAAUGUUAACCUCAGUGAGAAGGAGUGACAUGCGCAAAGCCCAUGUUCCUAUCUCAAAGGUCAAGGACACAGUCUGAGGUCAAAGGUCAAAUUGAAGUUUGUCCAGAGCAUUUCUUCUUAAUGCAUGGUGGGAUUUUGAUGUAACUUGGCAUGAAUGUUUAUCAUUAUGAGACGGAGUGUCUUGCACCACAACCAGGUCCCUAGGUCUAAGGUCAAGGUCACGCUUAGAGGUCAAUGUCAGAUACAAGAAUGACUUCGUCCAGAGCAUUUCUUUUUCAUGCAUAGAGGGAUUUUGAUUUAACUUGGCACAGUUGUUCACCAUCAUGAGACAGUGUCAUGCACAAGAAACUAGAAUAACUCCCCUUUGUUGUUACUAUAAAUAGCUUAUUUUGUAACUUUUUAGCUCAUCUGUCACUUAGUGUCAAGGUGAGCUUUUGUGACCACUCGAUGUCUGUCGUGCGUCGUGUGUCAACAAUUUGUAAACAAAUCUUCUUCUUCAGAACCAAUGGGCAGAUUUACACCAAACUUCACAGGAAUGAUCCUUAGGUAGCCCCCUUUCAAAAUUGCCCAAAGAAUUUAAUUCCAUAUAGAACUCCAGUUGCCAUGGCAACUGAAAGGAAAAACUUUGAAAAUCUUCUUGUUAGAAACUGUUAGCCGGACUUCAAAAAUAUUUUGUAGAAAUGAUUUCUAGGUGACCAUCUACCAAAUUUGCUUUAACCAUUCUGUUUCGGUAAAAAACAUGGCCACCAGGGCGCGGGGCUUAUUUUCUCUAUAUGGCUAUAUUGUAAAUUUCAAAAAUCUUUUUCUUCAAAACCACUGGGCAGAUUUACACUAAACUUCACAGAAAUGAUCCUUGGGUGCCCCCUGUCAAAAUUGACCAAAGAAUUGAAAUCCAUGCAGAACUCUGGUUGCCAUGGCAGCCGAAAGGAAAAACUUAAAAAAUCUUCUUGUUCAAAACGACAGUAGCUAGAGCUUUGAAAUUUGGUAUGUGGCAUCAUCUAAUGUUCCUCUACCAAGCCAUUGAUAUUGCCUAGUUGAUUUCUAACAAGAUUCUUUGAAUUAUGCCCCUGGGGUGAAAAGGGGCCACUUCUGUGUAGUACAACAUGCAUGUUACAUCCAAUUUUCAAGGUGUAUUAUGACCUAUCUCUACUUGGUAAGGAUUUUUAUGGGGACUACGAAUGUCGUGUGCAACUCGUAGUCCUUAUGACAGCUGGCGGGCUUGACAUGUUGCCUGUAGGCAUCUUGUUAAGUAAUUCCCUUGAAAGGUUAAAUUUGGUAUUCUACUUAUGUUUCUUUUCCAAACAACAAAAAAUAUGCAAUGAACUUUUACUGAUAUAUUGUAACAUUCUUUCUAUAAAAAGUGCCAUGAAGUUCCUUUGGUAUCUGGAAAACCUGAUAGUAUAUGUUUGUAAAUGUAAGAUGACCAAUUAAAAAAACUGGUCAGUGUAUCUAAAGAGGAAAGUGACAUGUCUAUAUGUAAAGAAGGAAAGCUGAGAAUGUUCAUAGAAAAUGAAAACUCAAUCAUACUACAUCAUUAAAACUUUAUAUCUUAAAUUAGGAAAUUUGACAUCAAUUUUUUCACAUGUUGUAUUAUGUAGAUUUACAUUUUUAAAUGGAGUGUUUCUGGAUUGUAGAAUUACUUACAGAAUGAUUAAAUAUGGCAUUUUGUUGCAGAUUUUAUGUUACAUUUGACAAUUAAAAUUGAGCCGCACCAUGAGAAAACCAACAUAGUGCAUUUGCGACCAGCAUGGAUCCAGACCAGCCUGCGCAUCCGCGCAGUUUGCUCAGGAUCCAUGCUAUUCACUUUCAAAGCGCAAUUAGAAAGACUGUUAGCGAACAGCAUGGAUGCAUAGGCUGGUCUGGAUCCAUGCUGAUCACGAAUGCACUAUGUUGAUUUUCUCAUGGUGCGGCUGAAAUGUUUUAAUGUCACAGGCAUUAAUUUUGUUAAGGUUAUGCUUGCAAUAUAAAUGGUUUAUAAAAAGAAAUAUGGAAUGGAGAAAGUGUUGUUGUAUUUGAUUACCUUUGAAAAUCAUUUGCUUAAACCUCGAUCAAUAUAUAUACAUAUUUUUUGGGUUUUUGCAAGUAUAGUUCAGAUACUUUGUUGGUGUAUAUCAUUACCUGUAGUGUCUUGG